AUGCCCGCAAGCGGCCUCUCUAGGCGUUGGGGGCGGAACCUCGCUGGAGGGUGGGUCGGGGCCAUGGAGUCGCUGCGCAAGUCUCUGCAGGCAGUCGUGGUACUGGGCGCCGGCGCCGGCCUGGGGGUCUUUCUCUUUGUGCUCGUGACUCCGGGGGAGCAGCGGACGCACGAACUGCUCAAGGACAUCCAGGAGAGGAACCCGCGGCACUUGGACGAGGCGACCAAAACUAAGAUACUGUGGAUGGACACACUCCGGGAGGCCGCUGAGACGCAGGAGAAUGUGGCCUGGAGGAAGGACUGGAAUCGCCAGGCGGGUGGGAGGACGGCCUGAUGCCCUUUCCUGGGCCCCUAUCCGAACUUGGCAUCUCCCCUCAUCUUCUCUACUCUCCUGGGUGAUGGAGGACUGAACCGGGCGUGGGGGUCAGGACAUGACAGAUCCUCCCCCAGAGAAGGUGGCUGCCUUAUCCGAUUCCCUAGUGUGGAAUAAACCUGGUUUUUAUA